AUGCCGACAGAGCAGGCGCUGCAGCUCGUGCAAGAGGCCAAGCUAAGUAUGGCUACAGGCUCGCUGCGUGCCUACAGCACAGAAAUGGUGCGAUUGGCCUUGCUCGAGACGCGGCAAUUGCAUGCAGAGUUGGCCCCGCUGGCCGAGGCAGCUCGCGCAGAGCAACAAUCGCAGGGGGCGCGACCUGAUCCUGCCUUGGCUGCGCAGCUAAUUACGCACCAUAUCGAAGCGUACAGAAACAAGCGGUGCCUUCUUGCGUACCACCGCCAGCGUCUGCAUUGGCUGCGGGAUCGUAUGUGGGACAAGGCAGGCGCCGUCGCCUUGGUGCUGGACGAGGAGGGCUCGUCUGGGGAAAGUGGGUCCCUUCGCUCUCUGCUGGAUCCUACCGAAUUGGACUGGCUGCGUGGCUAUGCGUCACUUCUCAGCCUGUACAAAGAAGCCUACUUGGACGUGUUGGACGUCACGUUGCCUGUGUGCACUGGCGCGACCGCUGCGUCUGCGCGGACGGCGCGGAAUGCCAUGCGGGGUGGCUUUGAUGCGCGUGCCGCGGCUGCGUACGCCACACCGGUCCUGCCGAACAGUAUUCGCCCGCCAGAUGACUUGAUGAUUUCCGUGGUGGUCACACGCAAUGCGCACAGCGUCGAAACGGAGCGUGGCACACUGCAUUUGCGCGCCGGUGAACGUCUGCACGUUCGGCGUGACGAGGUAGAGGCGCUCUUGCUACGUGGAUGGCUCCGAGAAACGGAUACAUGA